AGUCAAUCGAGUAUCAUUGAGUUACGACGACUUGUGCUCUGUUAUCUCGUAAAGCGAAUCAAGAUGAGCCCGUCUAAUGUUCUUCGAGAAUCGAAUGGAGCAGCAUCGGCGACACACACGCACACUCACACCAACAACAACGACCAAGUGCACAUGUGCAGCGAUGUGACACCAAAUGGCAACACCUGUUGCAACCACCUGCACCACACCCGGACACCAGUAGUAUGUGAAGUGGACGACAAAUCCCCGGUCAGACGGACUACAAGUGCAAACAGUUUCCAAAGUCGCACACAUUCCUUGUUCACGAAUUGUGUUCUCAGUCCAUGUCCUGGCGACAAUUUUCCCCGCUCUAAAGAAAGAUUACUAAGAACUCAACGGCACCAUAAACCCUCAGUGAUAAAAAAUUUCAGUCGGACGCAAAUUCUAGUGCUUUUAACUUUAGCUCUUGGUGAUUUCAUCAGUUUCUGUUCAAUGUCUAUUAUGGCACCCUUCUUUCCAAAAGAGGUAAAGUAGAGUAUUAUUUAUUAAUGCAUGUCAUCGAUUUCCGGUGAGAAAAAUUAAAAAAAAAAUUAAUUAUAUUCUUAAAAAUGGUACAGUAUAAAAAAGUGUACACGAUGGAUGGUUAUCUAAGCUUCGGUAGGUAUAAAAUAAAAUAAUUGUGGGCAAUAAUCUUGCCUAUCCUGUAAUCAUACCUUAUUACCAUGUUCAACUCAAUGAAUACUAUAACACUCAACAAAUAGAAGUAUCCUCUUUUUACAUAAGUAGUCUUCUGUUUUAGGAUCUGACAAUAGUAACAAAUUGGAAUAUUUUAAUACCGGUACCUGACAAUAUUAUAACCUAAGAGGCUGGUAAUCUGUGGCACAAACAAAUUGUUUUUCCAUAUAUUCACGUUAUAUUGAGUUGGCUACAGAGAAAGGGAUGGGUGUCUCAUUAUCUGGAUUUGUUUUUAGUUUCUAUGCAUUGGUUAUGUUCAUCAUGGCACCCAUCAUCGGAAAAGUGCUGCCAGCACUAGGAGCUAAGAAUCUCUUCAUGAGCGGAAUGUUCUUGGCGGGUUUUUCCAACAUACUUUUCGGGUUCUUGCCAUUAAUAGAUGACUAUGUGAUUUUCACAACAGUGUGCUUUCUAAUAAGAGGUUUAGAAGCAGUAGGAGCAGGAGCAUUUUCUACAGCUAGUUUUGUAUUUGUGGUGGAAGUAUUCCCUGACAACAUUAGCACUGUUUUGGGCAUUUUGGAGACCUUCAUUGGUUUGGGUAUGAGCGUUGGUCCAGCUAUUGGUGGCAUCCUUUACUCAGUUGGUGGCUUCGGUCUUCCUUUUUUUGUUCUCGGCACUGUCAUGAUAUUGGUAGUACCCUUCAACUACUGGUUUCUUCCUUCAUUUUCAGGAGGAAAAAGUGAGACCAGUUCUGGAUCAUUUUGGAACUUGAUAAAAAUACCCUCAGUAUUCAUAAUUGGACUCAUUGUUGUAAUGAGUAGUAAUAUUUGGUCAUUUUUGGAUCCCACACUUGAACCUCAUCUCAGACAAUUGGAUCUGACCAGUAAAGAAGUGGGUUUGGUGUUCCUUCUAUUUUCAUCGAUAUACGGAGUCUUCAGUCUGAUAUGGGGUUGGCUGGCUGAUAAACUGGACAACCACUGGGGUAUGAUGGUCGUUGGACAAUUCUGCUCCGUCAUUUGUCUACUAGCUCUUGGACCAUCACCGUUCAUCACUGGCAAACCCAAUUCACUGAUGAUAAAUCUAAUAUCAUUGUCACUACUUGGGAUUUGUGUUGCUCUUACUCUCAUGCCGACUUUUCAAGCUCUUCUCAGAUGUGCUCUACAAAAUGGACAUAAAAAAGGUCUGCCAACCUACAGUGUUAUUGCUGGUGCGUGGUCAUGCAUGUAUUCGCUAGGAGAAAUGAUAGGACCAACUUUGGGAGGUAUCCUACUCGACAAAUAUGACUUUCCUAUUUGUUCUACAGUUAUGGCCGCAGGGACCUUGAUGGUGGCAGUGGCAAGUCUUAUAUAUUUUUCACUGCAGUCCACCUACAUGGGCACCAAGGAUGAUGACGAUGAUGAGGAGGGUGAGCAGAGAAUGCCUCUCCUCCAAGAGAAACGCGUCUACUAUAAGACAAUAGCUGACGAUGCUUGUAUUGUGUUUGUUCCUACAGCCGGCUCUAAUUGAGUCAAAACUUAAAAUCAAUAAUGAAAUUAUUAUCAAAACAUUGACCUUGUA